AGUCUGGCUGCGCUCCCCGGAUAUUUACAGCGUAGAGCGACUGUCACGAGUGUUUAUCUACUGACAGCAUAAACAGUUUUUUUUUUAUCUUUUUAUUUAAAUAAACCUGUAUUUUCUUUUUUAAAUUAAUCACAGCAAAAGACGGAAGAUGCUCUCUCGGCUUUUAAAAGAGCACCAGGCAAAACAGAACGAAAGGAAAGAGCUUCAAGAGAGACGUCGGCGUGAGGCUAUAGCCGCAGCUACUUCUUUAACAGAGGCUUUGGUGGACCACCUGAACGUGGGAGUUGCCCAGGCUUAUGUCAAUCAGCGCAAACUGGACCACGAGGUGAAGACCUUGCAGGUGCAGGCCGGCCAAUUUGCCAAGCAGACCGCUCAGUGGAUCACCAUGGUGGAAGGCUUUAACCAGGCCUUAAAGGAAAUUGGGGAUGUGGAGAACUGGGCUCGCAGUAUUGAGAUGGACAUGAGGACGAUCGCCACAGCUCUGGAGUACGUCCACAAAGGCCAUCUUCAGGCUGCUUCUUCCUAGAGUGGUCUUCCUUCAGUUGUGCAGCAGAGUGAGUGUGGUUUAAGGUCUGUCAUCUCACAGACCAAUGAUGCCGCCAUCUUCCCUGGUAGAAGAGAGGUCACAAGGACAUUUGGAACUGGUUUCCCGCACCCAGAAUAAGCCUAAUUCCAGUCUAACGAAGGAUUUUCACUGAAUAGUCACUGCACUGCACUGCUCAGGCUUAAGACAUGUCCAGGAAGGCCUAUGAUGGACUGCACACUCACUGAUUAGUCCCUAAAACACAGACAGGUAAUUGUUUUGUUCAGUUCUAUUUAAAAUAAUUGUAUUGAUCAGAGAAAAAAAUAGAUCUUUUUGUUGAUCUAAAAGCACAUGUGUUUUUAUGGUACAAAGGAACAUUUGAAAUGGUUCAUAUUGUAAAUGAUUGCUUUACUUUCUUGUUCACUAUAAUAAAACAAUGUUUUUUGA